AUGCAAGUUCACAGAAGAUCACGCACUCCGUCGGGAGGCAUUGUAUUGGCUAUCACUGCUGAGAACCCUGACGACAUUUGGUGCAUCUACAACCUGUUGGCAGAAGGUGACGAGAUCGUAGUAUUCACGUCGAGGAAGGUAAAGAAGGAGAACGUGAACUCCGGUGCAGUGAGUCAGGAGGUCAAAAAGUUCAACAUCCAUCUGUCAAUCGAGCGGAUUACGUACGCGUCAUCAGACGACGACCUCCAGGUCUCCGGUAAAAACAUCUCCGACAACCCUUACGUGAAGAUUGGGCAGUACCAUACCGCCGAGAUACGAUUGCACUCGAAGAUCACACUAACGAAGGUACGGUUUAAUUUACUCAUACGCGGUUCACUUACGCUCGUACAGCAAGUGUGGAAUUCAUAUUACGCCGACAAGUUACGGGAAGCGACUGAUUUGGCAGGCCAGGCUGAGCAGGCGUUUUUAGUGCUCGAUACCGGGAAGGCGUCGCUGUUCCUGGUACUACGUUAUCUCACCAAGGAGGCAUUCACGAUUACUCACAACAUACCCAAUCGCAAGAUUUCCGACAUCCGGUAUUCUCACCACCAGAAGGCUCAGGAAUCAUUUUUCAAGGCCGUGAUCCAGAAACUGCACGACUCGAUUAAUUUCGAGGUCACCCGCACCGUGGUCAUCACGGGUCCUGGGUUCACAAAGACGAGCUUCUACGAGUACCUGCGCGACAACUUGAUUCGCCUGGGAUAUAGCGACCUGCAUCGUCACCUGAAGAGCUUCGUCGUCUGCGGCUCCACGUCGUCUGACCGCCGCGCCAUCGGCGAGGUGCUGAGCAACGAAUCCUUCGCCGAGCGGCUUUGCAGCCACCACUACGUGGAGCACAACAGGGCGGUGGAGGCGCUGCGCAAACGUCUGGAAGCAAACGACGACACUGUUGCCAUUGGUUUGGGGGAUGCCAUCAGGGCUGCCGAGCUUGGGGCAGUUGAGACGCUCCUGAUCUCGGAGGACCUGAUCCGCAAAGGUAGCACGGAAACGCGUAAGCGCGUCCAUAAGUUGAUAGAGGACGUGAAAAACCAGGGCGCUCGCGCAUUUUACUUCUCCGACGAGCACUUCUCUAGCGAGUUCCUGAGGACACUCACCGGCGCGGCGGCCCUGCUUCGAUUUGUCAUAGGCGAGGCACCAGAAUAG